AACAUUCGAAAAGCUGACUACGUUACAAUGUCUUAUUGCAAGGAUUGUGACAUUUUGUUCGCGAAAACUACGGAGUAUGUAAAUCACAUGAGGAAAGAACACCCGAGAUUUAGCUGUUAUGGAUGCAAAAAGGUUUUUGGGAUGAAGAGAAAACUUGUAUUCCAUAUGCGAUCCUGCUGGCAAUUGCGAGGGAUUAAAAACUCUCGCGAACCUGGGCCUGUAAUUAGCUUUGCGAAUUACAAACGCCUGCCGAUUGUUACAGCGGAAGAAUUGGACACAGAGUUCCAGAUAUACAUGGACAGAAAGUUUGGUAAGAAGGGUGUUUUUCGUAACGUUAAAACGUGCAAAUUUUGUUCCCAAACUUUUUUAAUGGCUUUGGACUUCGCUGAUCAUAUCAGAGAACAUUACAAAUCUAUUCCGCUCGAUGCCACCAGCGUCAAAUCAAAAUUCGAUUUCAUGAAGUUCAUGGGCCUCAAGAUCAGAGAGACGACCGGCACCGACCACAGCGAUUUGGAGGCAAUUGGCGUCGAGGCAAAAAACAAAAUCACCGAUUGCCGGGUGGUAGUUAUAGGAGAACGUUGUAAAAUUUGCGACAUAUCGUUCAAGUGUAUCUCUGAUUUGGAGAUUCAUAAUAGAAAAUAUCACUUGCCUAACGAUCGUAAAAAAGUAACACUCGUACUGAGAAUCGGCAACGAAAUCAUCUCGAGACUCUCUGUGAAAAAACGUCACAUACGUCGUGGCGAGAAGGCGGCAUGCCAGUCAACUUGCCAAAGGUUGAAACAUCGGUUGAACAAAAUGUACGAAAGUUGUCAACAUCCGGCAAAGAAAAAUGAGAAGAACAGAGACAGCCGGAACAUUUUUGCAAGACAAGCUCUAUUGGACGAUAGAUCAUACAAUGAAAUUAUUUUAAACUCCGAUCUAGCAUUGCUUACCAAGGAAGAAAUCGGCCGGCCCGAUAGCAACUGUAUAGAACGUGAAACGGCGAGGGAAAAUUCUAUCGAUCUGUUAGAUCUGGAUCACGCGAACGAAGCUCGAAGUACUUUCGGCUCACCCAAGCCGAUCUACGCUACGAAUAUGAUGAUGUGCAACCUUGAAUCUGGCGGUAUUGACGGCGACGACUUUUCAGAUAACCUACGAUUCUCCGAACAGUGGAAGGAUGAUAUGACGGACCCUGACGUGCCUUGGUACUCGCCAGCGAAAUUGGAAAAAGACAGUCGAGGAAGUGACGAAGACAAUUGUUUCUGCAUCGAGGAAAUUAGACGGAGUCCGGCGACGAAGACAAAAAGGACUGCAUGGGAGGACGAACAGUACAACUAUAUUUUGAACGGAGAGAGCGAAGAUUGCCACGAAAUGAACUUCGACGAAUUACCUCGUGACUACAAGUACCAUUCAUUGUCAGCUGAACUCGGUUUUCCUUCGAUAGAGAGGAGCUAUGGGCUUAAAAUGGAACGCGGAGACGGCGAGGAUGACAACAACAACAGCGAAGGCGAUCGCAGCGACUCAUUGUCAGUCGUAACAACGCCCGGUUACACCGGCGCGAUUGUUGUCAAAAAGGACGGCCCUAACUUGACUGUGAACUGUUCUCGAACCGUCGGUUUUACUACUCGGCCGCACGAAGAUAAAUUCUUUGAAUAUCAGGGCGACCGAGUUUACGGUCUAAAGAAAGGAGUUGUCAGCGCAAUCGAUAAUUUCCAAGAAGUACUUAUCAAAGAGGAAGUGAUGCUGGACGAGUGAACCAUCUUUUUAGCCAUCUAUUAAUUAUAAUACAUGCACAAGAGAACGUGUAGUGAUGUACACAUUAACACGAAUCAAAUUGUCGUCAUGCCGCAAGAAGAGAAGGUCACUUUUAUAUUGAAGUAGGAAGCUAUAGGUGUGCGACACGUGCCGAACUGUGGAGCCGAACACAGAACCCGCGAUUUCGAGUUUAUAUAGGUAUAUUCAGUCGUUCUCAUUGCUGAUGUAAUAUGUACUAUAUCGUUAUUUUUAUUGUACAAUUUUACUGUUGAAAGAAUAUUUUCUUUAUUUUUCAUCCUGAUUCAUAUUUUCGUCUUUAUUUCGCCAAUUUGGAGACAGUUCAGUUAUCUUUUCUUAAAAUGACUGUCCUCAGUAUUUUGAAACAGAUUAUUAGUAGUAUGAGGAUUAACUCGUUGCAAGUUUUCUC